GCUGAGUCCGAUCGAUCGAUCGAUCCGUGCCCCCCCCCGCUCGGCAAUCAUGGAGUUCCCGCACCACCACCACCACAGCCACCGCCGCGACGGCGACGACGACGAGCGCCGGGGCCCGCCGCCCCCGGCCUACAGCGGCUACGGCCAGCCGGACCCCUACGGCCGCCCGCCCGCGGACGACCCCUACGGCCGGGCCCCGCCCCCCUCCGCGUACGGCGCGGGCGGGGACCCCUACGGCCGCCACCCGCCUGCCCCGGGCUACGGCCGCGCCGAGGAGGGCUACGGCGCUCCCCCGCCGGCCUACGGCGCUCCCCCGCCGGCCUACGGCGCUCCGGCCGCCGGCGGGUUCGGCAACGUCGUCCACGUCGGGCACGAGGUCGGCGGCGAGAGGCCGCACUACGGCGGCGGCGGUUCCGAGUUCGGCCACGAGGGCCGCCCGCACCACGGCGGCGGCGGUUCCGAGUACGGCCACGAGAGCCGCCCGCACCACGGCGGCGGCGGCUACGAGUACGGCCACGAGACCCGCCCGCACCACGGCGGCGGCGGCGCGCCGCCGGUCAGGCAGCAGACGUACAGGAUCUACUGCAAGGCCGGUGAGGACAAAUACAGCCUCGCCUCCCGCGACGGCAAGGUCUGCCUCGUGCGCACCGACCGCGACGACGACACGCAGCACUGGAUCAAGGACAUGAAGUACAGCACCAGGGUGAAGGAUGAGGAAGGCUACCCUGCCAUGAUCCUCGUGAACAAGGCAACUGGAGAGGCUCUUAAGCAUUCCCUUGGCCAGUCACACCCAGUUCGUCAGAUCCGCUAUGAUCCGGACACCCUAGAUGAGUCAGUCCUGUGGACAGAGAGCAGGGAUGUUGGUGAUGGAUUCCGUUGCAUUAGGAUGGUGAACAACAUCUACUUGAACUUUGAUGCUCUGAAUGGAGACAAGGACCAUGGUGGUGUGCGUGAUGGAACCACUCUUGUGCUGUGGGAGUGGUGUGAGGGUGACAACCAGCGCUGGAAGAUUGUUCCCUGGUGAACAAGCAACUGUGUGGCUGUGCCACUCCAAGCAGCUCCUGUUUUAAUAAUAAGCGAAGUAAUAAGUAGUACCGUGGACUAUGGAAUAAGGGGCGCCUCUGCCGGUGCCUGCGUGUGAGUACUCUUCUGUCUUCUGCUCCAUUCCGUUUUUCUUCUGUGUUUCUGCUUGGUUUGAACAGUGUACCUAUAAUUUGUAAUGCGUCAUAUGACAAGUGGCAGCGAUUGUAUUGUUUGAACUGAUCGUUGGUGUACUAAGUGUGAUGAAUGAUGUAUGAACCUUUGCUUGAAAUAUGCUCUCCUGCUCACAGCCG